UGAGACCAAAGUAGAGAACAUCAAAGGGAAGCCGGCUCUUUUCAUGACGUGGAGUCCACUAUUUAUCGUUCCACUGAACAGAACGAAGGGUGUGCUGAGGUGAAAAAUUAGCAGUUGCAAAGAGCCCUUUUUCUUCUUCUUUUUUCCACAUGGCUUUUUGAUUCACAAAUCGAACUGCUGAAGGGCUAGAAUUCUGAACUAGUUAAUGGAUCGUCUUACACGGGAUUCUUAGCACCUGGGUCAGCAUUGAUAUAUGAAGUACUUCAUCUGAGUAUAAUGCAUCUGUAAUUAUGCUAGAAAUAGAGAGAGUAACUGAUAACCAAACCACUAUUUUUUGAGCCAUAUGUUCAGUUAUUCACAUUCAUCCUUCUUCUUGAGUGGGUUUAGUCAAAAUUUGUUAUUUGAACUGUAAAUAUUGUUGAUUUCACUUGGUUGUUGAUAAUGGCUAGGCGUCACGGAUGGCAACUCCCUGCUCACUCCUUUCAGGUUGUGGCUAUAACAGUUUUUUUCUUGUUAUCUGUUGCUUUCUAUGCUUUUUUUGCUCCUUUUCUUGGGAAAGAUAUCUACGAGUACUUAGCGACCGGCAUUUACUCCUUCCUGGCACUGUCUGUAUUUAUACUUUACGCGAGGUGCACAGCUAUUAAUCCUGCUGAUCCUGGAAUUCUAAUUGAAGUCGACAAGUCUUCAACUUAUCGGUCACAUAAUGAAACAAAUGUGCCUGAUAUAUCUACCACUGAGGAGCCAAGCAAGAUGGGAUUAAAAAAUGGAGGAAGAUCUUACAGGCAUGAUGCAGGGUGUUGUUCAAAAAUUGGAGGCUUUCUCUGUUGUUGUCUUGUGAAGGAGGAUUGCCGUAAAGAUGAAGAUCAUCUACCAGAGCAAAAUGGUGAGGAAGAUGCUUUAUUCUGCACAUUGUGCAAUGCUGAGGUGCGCAAGUUCAGCAAACACUGUAGAAGUUGUGACAAAUGUGUUGAUGAAUUUGAUCAUCAUUGCCGGUGGUUGAAUAAUUGUGUGGGCAGAAAAAACUAUAUCACAUUUGUGUGCUUAAUGGCUGCAAGCCUUGUCUGGCUUGUUUUUGAAUGUGGGGUGGGCAUUGCAGUCCUUGUUCGCUGCUUUGUUGAGAGAAAUGCUACAGAGAAUCAGAUAACUGACAGGCUUGGAGAUGGAUUCUCUCGUCCGCCCUUCGCUACAGUAGUGGCGCUCUGUACAGCUGUUUCUUUGCUUGCAAUGAUACCUUUGGGAGAAUUGUUCUUUUUCCAUAUAAUCCUUAUACGAAAGGGUAUCACAACAUAUGAGUAUGUUGUUGCUAUACGGACUCAAAGUGACCCUCCUGGACCUUCUGUAGAUGGAAGAGAUCAGCAAAGUAUGCCAUCUUCACCAACGAGUUCUGCUGUUACUGCCAUUAGCGGAAGAAGCUCUGUUGGCAUGGGACUACAACAUAAAGGUGCUUGGUGUACUCCACCGAGGAUAUUUAUGGAUCAUCAGGAUGAAAUUAUUCCCCACCUUGAGCCUGGCCGUUUACCUUCCACCGUUGAUCCAGAUGCCGUACAAGCUGACAAGGAGAGACGAGGAACCCAGCGUCCAGUCAGAAUCAGUGCGUGGAAGCUGGCAAAAUUGAACUCUCAUGAGGCUAUUAAAGCUGGUGCAAAGGCCAGAGCUUCAUCAUCCGUUUUGCGUCCAAUAAGUUCUAGACAUCAUCAUUAUGAUGCUGAUCAUGUAUCUAGUACCACUAUGAGUGGUAAAAGCUCUCCAACGAGCACAAGGCACGGAUAUUACGAGAAUAAUGCUCGAGCUGGGACAUCAAGGUUGUCCCCAUCAAAGAUCUCGUAUCCACCUAGUCAAGCUAGCAGGGAUGACAUUGAUACGUGUGGUAACAGCAUAAGUAACUUUAGCAGUCCUCUUGCCACAAAUCUCACUUCUUCACCAGUCGGGCAGCAGCAUUCUUCAAACAGAGACCACUUUAAUCCGAUAUAUCAAGCAUCAGCUAAUCAAUCUCCUUGGUCGGCAAAAGCAGGCGACAAGAUUGAAGCUUCUAUUAGCGAAGAGAAAGUUGGGGCGCCCAUGAGGAAAAACAAUUUGGGUAUUGCAGAGAACAUGAAAUCAUCCGUAUUUUGGGAUCCGGAAGCCGGGCGCUUUGUUUCUGCUGCCACCAGGAAUGCUGGUUCAUCGUCUCAGGCUACUUCAGCUGAGCUCAUGUACACAGGUCAGUCUAUAUUCUUUGGAGGCCCUCUCAUGAACGAACAGUUGAGCCGAGGGCCAAGAAGUGGCACCUCUUUUCCAACUGGUCCCCAGAGAAGUUCCACUUCAAGUUACUAUCAACAGGGUAGAUCACAGAGGGGAGGUCAGCUUCCUGUAUUUGUGCCAAGUGAUUCUCAGCAAAACCAGUUUUCUUCUAGAUUGCUAUAAGAUUUUGUAUGAGACAUGAAAUGUUACAUCAGAAUGGAGAUAGAUUUACAGAUUAUAUUUUGAAUUUCCUUCACC